UAUUGUGGAAGAAGCACUAGUAGUAGGCCAGUUAACUAUCAAGUUCAAGUGAUUAAUUCAACUACAGUUAUAAACAUAACUUUACUAUUUAGGCCAAUUGUAAUAACACUUCAUGUCUGCAUAACCGGAUUAUGAACAAACCGGCCAGUGGGGUCGUGAUUGAAAAGAAAUGUUAAAUUAGUCAGUGGAUGUUGAAUACGAAGACGAAGAAAUGCCAAAGAGAAAGUUUGAUGAUGAUGGCGAGGAGAAGGAGGGAGAGGUAUCACCGUCUCUAGAAUCAGACGACAGUAGUAACUGUAGCGCUCAAACAGAUGGCAGCACUGAUGUUCCUCAGUCAAUAAUAAAUAUGGAUCGUAAACGUAAGAAGUUAAAGAAGUCUGUCAAGUUUGAUCAUGUUAAAGUGUUUUAUUUUCCACGAGCUCAAGGCUUUACUUGUGUUCCUAGCGAAGGUGGUUCUACAUUAGGUAUGGCCAGUUCCCACAACCACGAUCAGGUAUUCACCGUUUCAUCCUACGCCAAAGAACAGAAACGUUUGCACCGCAUGAUCAUUGAAGAGCAACGUCGUCAAGGCAAGAGCUUUCCUAGUCCCUUAUUACAGAGUGUCGUACCUCAGAACGCGGAGGAUAUGUCGUCCGGAAGUGAUUCCGAUAGUGACUAUGACGAUUGUUAUUUCCUUCAACCCGUGCCGAUCAGACAGAGGCGUUUAAUGCUCAGAACAUCGGGCGUUAAAAAAAUUGAGAGCGAGGAGAAGGAGGAGUGUCGUGAUAUUCGCGUGUCGAGGGAAGUGUGUGGAUGCGACUGCAAGGUGUUCUGCGAUCCGGAAACGUGCGCUUGUAGUGCUGCUGGGAUUAAGUGUCAAGUCGACCGUCUAUCCUUCCCAUGUGGCUGUAGCAAAGAUGGAUGUGGUAAUCUGAAUGGACGAAUUGAAUUCAAUCCGAUUCGCGUUCGGACUCAUUUUAUUCAUACGUUGAUGAGAUUAGAACUGGAAAAAAAAGAAAUCGAGUCGAUCAAAGCGAAAGCUUUGAAUAACGUCAGGGAGGAAAUGAUGAAGGAUCAAAAUAACGAGCAGCGGGAAUCAAAGGAUAUCGAUGAAGAUGUCGAUGUCGAUCUGUCACAUUUUAACAGUAACGAACUGGGCAGUUGUCGCGAUUGUCAAAAUACGGAAGUGUGUAAUGCGAUGAUGCAAGAAGUACAGUACGCAACAAUGGGAGUCGAACAGCAGCAGCAACGCGCUGCUUUAACGCAAAACUAUUUACAAAAUACUAACAUGACAUCAGUAUCCAUGACGACACAGCCAAACACCACGGAUAACAUACACAACGUUCUAAUGUACAACCAGAAUCACACGGAUAGUAAAAAUGGCUACCAUGCGGAUAGUACAGUGUCUCAUGUUUACGAUUUUAAGCAGGGAGUUAACGGGGUCAACGCGGCGUACUCAGAUUGUUCUCGGGAAGGCGUUAACGGACAUUUCAAACCCUACAAUGGUGAAAGCAUAUCGUAUAAUGGAGAGGGGGGUAACAUUACUGCUGACGACAUUCAUUUUAAAUCAUAUGAAGGUACGCUGAAGUAUAACAUCAAGGAAAAUGAGAAUCAUAAAUUUUGUCAGAUGACCGAGCAGAAGUUUAUCUCGCAACCCGUAGAGUCCCCGCCAAAAUACACGGAGUUAAAACCAUCAACGACAUCUUAUAAACCCAUAUCAGACAUGCUGAACCCUAUUCAACCUACAGACGCAACAACAAAAGCCUGGGCAGACGCAGCCAAAACCUUCCCAGAAUCCAACACUUACGACACGAUACAACCUGUUUUAUCAACUUACACCACCAUGACAACUACAACACGCGACCGUCUGGCUGAAAACUGUCCCGUUAUUUCAAGUCACAUGACCAAGUUGGACACCAGUGAAUCAACCAAUGAUAGUUUCCUAGAUGAUGAUGGAACACAGCCAUUGGAUCAAUCAGAAAAACUCUCUCUACAUUCUGAAAGUUCGAUGGAUAGUUGCGAUGGACUCGGAACGUACGAAUGUGCCGUCUCGGACGAUGCCACGGUCACUAAACUUGGAUCAUCGGAAACGCAAGAACCGUUCGAAAUAACUAAUUGGAAAACGAAAGUUUCAAGUCAUUCGGAAAAAAGUAGUCCCAAUUUUGGUGAGAUAAUUAAAGAAUCCAUCGUAGAAAUCGUAUCUGCUUGAUCAAUUAAUAAAUCGUAUGGUAACCAACGGUACUAGACAAAGUGGCCGCAAAAUUGAAAUAAAUAUUGUGUUAGAUUCAUAUCAAAAACAGAAAUGAUAAUUAGUUCUCUUA